AUGGCGGCCAAGAGGGAAUUUUAUGUGGAUUUUGAAGUGAAGUUUGGAAAGACAGUCGUCUCGCUUGAGAUGCCGGCCUCCGCCACUGUCCACGACCUAAAGCACAGGCUGGAGGAAAAAACUCACGUGCUCCUUGACAAGCAGCGACUGUUGCUCAACCUGCCUGUUGUAAAGGCAAAGCACCGAGACCCGCCGCACGAUACGGUUGUCCGCCUUCUCUUUCCGGCAGAGCUGGUCAGCCGUUGCGAGCAGCACGACGGUCCUGUUGCACAGCACUUGAAGGUGAGCGCCAUGUUGCUCGGAAGUGCGGAGGUGGCCCCGACAGUGAACGUUGCAGCGACAUCAGAAAUAUCGCGACUGGUGGCCACCACAGUGGAGUACGACGGCAAGUGGUACCGGUGUUCCUACCCACGCGGGUAUCUGCGGCAGACGGCGUACAUCUGUCGCACAUGCGUGGACGAGGCAAGGGCGGAUCCACAGCACGCGGUCUGUCUUGCCUGCGCUGAGUUCUGCCACGGUAAUCACGAGGUCGAAGAGUGGGGCGUGCGUUACAACAUGCGGUGUGACUGCUGCACGCAGAAAUGCUGGCGAGUUCCUGCCGAUCCGGAGGCUACCGCAGAAGCCGCCGCGAAGCAGCAAGCGAGGCUUGAUACCUCGUCAUCAGUAGCGUCUCCGAUGGUUUCUGUCUCCCAAAUGCGUGCCGUACAGAUGAGCGACAUCGAAGGGCGCACCACGCGCAAGCGCGCGCCUUCGACAACGCCAGUGACACCAAAGCGAUCACGCGGCAGCUCACCGAUGAGUGGAAUUCGCAUGACCACCAUCCCGCCGACAGACAUGCCGGAGGUAACCUUGCACCCCUCCACCACCUCUGGUGUGUCGGUGUCGACGGCAGGCGCCUCCAGGCCGUCACAAGAGGCCAGCAGGCUCCUCCCUUCGUCGUCUGCGUUCCUCACAGGACCAUCAUCGCCCUUGGCUGCUGCCCCGGCGGCUGUGGACAAGGCGAAUGCCGCGGUCGGUGUUGCAGGCAAGCCGAGUUUUCUCGGCAAGCGCUCCCCUGACAGGGACAACGAGGAUGACGACUUCCACGGCGGCCACGGCGAGGAGGAGCACCAGGACGCGCACCUGCCGCCACUGCUGGAGCUGAGCCACUGCGCCUUCGUUGUGGACAGCAAAACGAAGAAGCCGCCAGUGGAGUCGGUGCUGCCCACGAAUCGCCACAACCGCUACCCACGAGACCCGUUCAACUGGUGUUACUGCAAAAACCCCUAUCCCAGUGAUGACCCCGAGUGCGGCGGCAUUGCCUGUAUGCUCUGCUGCAGCUGUUACUGGAGCACCCACCUCACAAGACUACACACAUAUCAAUACCGGCGUAUGCCGUGCUACGGCGACGUGCUGCUCGGCGACACGAUCGCCUUCAAAUGCAAUACGUGCCAUACAUGCGUGUGCGUGCCCUGCCGAUACCGCUGCCACAAGGACCACGACGUUGAGGAAACGUUGGUGAGGCCGUCGACGGACGAUGGCACCGACAACGACGCGCCGGAGGGGGCCAGGUUCAGCUGCGGCUGUCGCGGACUCUGCGCAAUUGCGGAGGAAGUCCCGGCGGAGAUGAUCGAUGAUGAAAGCACAUUCGACCCGAUCCCAGACGCUGUGGCGACGGAGAUGAUGAAUAACGACAUCUUUACCGGAUUUGUGUGUGCCUACUGCAUGCAGGAACACCCAUGGAUGGCAACGGAUGACCCACUGAAGUGCUACCAAGGACAGCUGCCGCCGAUGACGAUCGAGAAGAAGCCCGUAUUGGCCUGCGGCGCCAAAUCUCCCUUGCCUCACUCGGCAGACGUGGAGGACUCGGACGUGUUCCCGUACCACGGAAUGCUGUUGCCGGUGAGCGCCUUCACGAACGACAUGACGUGCUCCUGCGAGGCUUGCCGCACCAUGUUUGCGAAGUUCGCUCCUCGCUCGACGGAAAGUGCGACGGAGAUGAUCAUGGAGCUGCACGACCACUGUGACCACUGCGGCAAAUCCAUCAAGGACCAGCAGGCCUUCAUGUGCCGCACCUGCGAGAUGCGCCUCGACCACACCUUCUUUAUAUGCAAAGAUUGCAACGCGCUGCGGGAGUUGCAGGUGCAGAGCAUCCAUUGCGUGCAGGCCUUGGCUAGGCCGUCAAACGACGAGGCACCGCCGCAGCCAGUCGAGAGGUCGCAUGGGGACAGAGGAGAGGGUACUGUAGAGGACGCCCAGCUUGAUGCAGCGAAUCACAGCGCACGCGACCAUGUUCUGCCGGAGACCGGCGAGUACGACCACGACCUGUCGCACGAGUUUGUUGAGGACACUUUCGAAAAUCUGUACGCGCUCUGUGGAAUGCAGAUCCUGCAGAACAUGGACCCCGAGAUGCAGGAGUACGUCGCUUCUCACUGGGAUCCAGCGACGAACCGGAUGGAGUUGGCGAAUUCCUUGUCGCAGUCGCUCGGACAGAUUCCGCUGACGUUUGACGAAGAGGAGCUUCGAGAAAUGACGGUGCUGAACCAAAAGCACAACGAGGCGCAGGCACGGAAGUGA